AUGGGAACACCUGGCUUCGCCCAUCUUCUUCAGAACCUUCUAGCUGUUACUAUUCAGAUUUGGAAAGACUCUCUUGAUCUUGGUGCCUUGGCCGGUCAACUGAAGGACGCUAUCACCGAACGCCUUGCUUACAUUAUUGACGUUAACCACGAAGAAUUCGAUGGCACUUAUAUCCAGGCCACAGCUCUCAAUCCACAACUCGCUGUGCUUCUGAGCGAACAACAGCUUUCGUAUGCACGAUCUGCGAUUGAACAAGAGCUUUACUCCCGUCAACCAACGACUCCAUCCUCAUUGGGUGUUGACGCGUUGCUGGCCUCUGUAUUGUCGUCAUCACCCGAUUCACUGCCGAUCUAUUCCGAUCUUCUUCAACAAGCCCAAAGAAUGCACCAGGAGCGAAACUCGCAGCCGAUGCGUGAUCGUAUCACAGAAGCCGCACUCUCUUCCUACUUCGACGAGCUCCUUAGCGGGUCCCCAGCCGAGGCACUUCUGUCGCCGCUUCGAUCCUUUGGCAAUCCUCUUCAAACACCGUUAGCGUUCUGGCAGAGUUGUAUGCAACGAUGUCCUACUCUUGCAAACUUGGCUGUUGAACUUCUUUCGAUACCUACAGCUACAGUGACAGCCUCAGCUCUACUCUCUUGGCGAGGCUCGUCGCCAUUUCAGAAACCAAAUCCGAUCCCGAUCCUAUCGCACCUGGAUAAACCGGAAAAUCUUGAAAGGAGCUUGUUACUUCGAUUUAACAGAAAUUUUAUUUAUAAAACGUAUUGA